AUGUCAGUGAUACAUAACAACAUCUGUGCUGUAGACACAGCCCUUGAUAAGCUCAAGCAACAAGUCGAUGAUCUGCAUUUCAACACCAGAAACAUAGCCGAGCAGACUGGCCAAAAUAGCAUCCAUGCGUCGCAAAUCAACUCACUGGCUAGAACAAUCGAUUCUCUCUCAGUCACCUCCAAGACCCAUCCAGUACUCCAAGCCGAUCGGAUUGCAGCCCUGCUCUCGGCAAUUCCAUAUGCCGCCCUUGAACCAGACGACCCCUCUAAUCCGCUCAGCGCACAUACGGCAGACCUACUGUGGCUCUUAGCGGCGAAGGCAGCGGUGCAGACUUCGGGGGCGGUGUUGAACGUUCUUCUAGAGCAAAUCAUCAAAUUGAAUGGCGAAAUUAGUUACUGGGAGGAUGUCCUCAGCUCCCGUUUCAAUAUCGGGUUCUAUACGCUCCAAACAUUGCCCGUGAGGGUUUGGCAUAAAACUUCGAGCGCUUUCAUCGCCAGCGCUCAUGAAGACAUCACGAGUUCUCCUGCCCCCCUCAGAGAAACAUGGAUGGGGUUUUACAAUUCGGUUCGUGGGUGCUUGCGCCAACCCUGGCAGUUCUUACCAAAGACAAUGCUUCUUUCACCGCUUCUCGCAUCUAGGUCUGGAAUAUACCGAAAGCGAGACUCUCUGAGGGAAAUGAAGGAUCUCAAUGCAGUCGGCAUUGGGAUCCUGAUGAAGGAAUGCAUAUCACAACAUAUCACGCGCGAAUACGUUGACGACAGAUUGAGUGGUCAUUUUGACGGUCUCUGGCGUGAUGAGGUAUCCAGGAGUGUUGCAUUGAUGGCCUCCUUUCUUGAACAACCCCAAGAAAAAAACAACCCACAACUUCGCAAGAAUUUAAUCUCGGAAACCGACGAAUCAAUCGCCUCUCGCCAAUUGCACCGCGGCGCUCAUCAUGCUUGUCAGCCACCCGCAGUUGUGAUCGAACGGCUCAGGCACAUACAUGAGAACCUCCUUCCGAAACACCUUACACUUUCAGCGCGUACUAUUACUAACUCGGGACGGCCCCCUCGCAUCGUGCGCUACUGGUUGCCCAUAACUGUUGCCAUAUUUUCGACAAGUACCGUGUUCAAGUUUCUAGCAGAUCGACACCGGGAGAUCAUCAGAUGGGUCGUAGAUAUUGGAUCAACAACCGUACAAUUUUGGAACAACUGGGUUGUGCAUCCAAUUCAACGGCUAAUCAGAACUAUUAGGCACGACGAGAACAGCGAAAUCGCAUUGAUGAGCAGGAAUAGCCUAGAAGCUGAUCGAGCGAGUCUUGAGAGAAUGGUUGUCGAUUUCACUCUCGAUCAGAGAGAGUCGCAAAUUGGAAAUCCUGACAUAAACACAAAUGCAAUUACUGAAAAGGUCCGAGAAGGGGAUUUGACACCAGUUCUAAGGGCAUAUGAGAAAGACCUGCGGAAUCCUUUUAUUGGAACAAUCAAAGGUGAUCUUGUGCGCGCCCUCCUGAUUCAGAUUCAGAAAACAAAAGUCGAUGUCGAAAUCGCUAUAGGCGGUAUCGAUUCGCUCCUGAAGAGCCAGGAGCUUGUUUUUGGAUUCGUUGGACUGACACCUGGGAUCAUGGUGUCGUAUGCAUUCCUGCGAUGGAUCUGCGGGAUUUUCAGCCCCAGACAGGGGUUGAAAGUCGGUAGGAAGGAUGAAUUCAGACAUGCUAUGAGGAAUGUUCACCGUACCGCAACAUCAUCCCUAACAGCAGUCGGCCUCUCAGCAUACAAAGACCUUGGUCUUCUUAUUUGUGACUCAGAAGUCCUCCUUCAAAAGGCCAAAAUGAUCCUUAAAGGGGCAGAUCUUCGUGCAUUUCAAGAAGAUGUUGGUGAUCUGGUCGACCAGAAUAGAUCUGGCAAGCAACUUGAUGUGGUUGCGCGAAUGGGGUGGGUGUAUUCAAAAUGGCUUCAAUAA